AUGGAAGACUGUUUCAGUUUAUUUGCUACUCCUACACAAUAUAAUGUACAAAAUGCUCCAAUACACUUACAAAUGGACUUGAUCGAGAUUCAAGACAACUCACUCCUAAAAUGCAAAUUUGAAGACGUAGAGAUGUGCAAUUUCUACAAAAAAUACCUAGAAGAAGACAAUUUUCCGCAGCUUAGAAAAUUCGCAAGAAGAUUGAUUUGUGCGUUUGGCAGUACUUAUAAAUGCGAACAGUUCUUUUCAUUGAUGAAAGUUAAUAAAUCAACACAUCGUACAAGACUGACUGACGAUAAUUUGGAAAAUUCUUUACGUCUUUGUAUCAGUGGAAUUAAUCCAAAUAUCGAUGGAUUUAUUUCCCAAAUUCAAGCUCAAGUAAAAAAAAAAAAAAAGUUAGCAAAUGCUUCUAAGACACACGUGGGAUCAGCAAUUUUCUAUAACAAGCAAGGCAACAAUGAAUGUUGGAGUGACGAUGAAUUGGCAAAACUUCGCGCUAGGAAAAUUUUCGAACAGUUGAUGCCAUCUAGUGUAUAUCCUGAAAAAAUAAACAGUAGGUAUAUAAGAGAAAUGCUGAGUUAUUUUCGUUAUGCUUUGCGUAACGUUGUAAAGGACGCAGAUCCUCAUGCUGCUAGCCUUUUGAAAACAGCACUCGCUGAUACCAUGGGCGCCCACUUAACAAAGGAAAUUUUACCAACUGCGAGAUUUUCAUAUUACGCUGGUUACGUUCCUUAUAGAUCUGUUAGAGAAUUGCAUGACUUUUUAGAACACAUAAAGUUACUUUUAAAUACUCAAGGCUUAGGAUGGGCUCGGCCUGAUCGUGUUCCUCGAUGGAGUAACUUAACUGUAGUCAAGGUUUUCGCAGGAUACGGUAAACUAGUGAACCCGUGUUCGUGUUUGGUUACAAAGAGAGACACAAACUCUUGUAUACAUUUGCCGAAGCCAAAACUAGACGAUGAAUUCGAACCAUCAGCAAUCGCUUUGCCUUUUAAAUUUGGAGGAUUCGUUAGCUUGACGUCACCCGGCUCAGAAAAUAUUUUACUAAGAUAUUACACGACUGCGACAAGAUGUAUCUUGCGUAAAUCACCAGAACCAUGCAGGCACAUCGAUUUUUUGAACUUCAAUAAUGAAUUAUGGCAUUGGAUGAAAAGAGACGUAGCUCCACAUCUUAUGGAUGAAAAACUUUACUCAGCAUAUGGAGGUAUUUUACGUGUUGCCGCUGCAGUUCAAAGCUAUGGUAAAGGUCUUUCUCGGCGUAACCUCUUUGAAAACGAAGAUCAAGGGGUUUUAAAAUGGCAUCCUUGGAAAACUCUUACGGACACGUAUAUAUACAUGGAUCCAGAGUGGAGUCCGAAAUUGUACGUGGUUUUGGUUUUAUUAGCCGCUAUUUUUAUUUGUCUUCUACAAACUUGUUAUACUUAUAUAAUCGGAAAAACUAAUGCGUGUCAUUGUACAGGCCGCAAUAGUAACAUUACGAAUUCUAAGGAAAACGAUUAUAGAAAGGUGGAGUCGGUUAUUCCCCUCGCACAUUUACAUCAGAGCUCUGUAUAUUACAGCGAUCACAAACGUCUCAAGUGUACUCCAUCCAGGACCAAAACUUCUUCUCUUGGUUCUACAAAGACACAAAGGGUAUAUGAUUUCCAUGAGAACACAGAAAAGAUGAUGGCAGUUAUAAUGAGCGAUAACGAAGAGACUAGUGACGUCGAAUCUCUGUCGCCUUCAAAACGAGAAGAGAGUGAAGAAAUCCUGGGCAAUAUUAUAUUAGACGUUGGCGAAACUGUGAGAGCAAAAAGUCCACCGAAAAUUGAAACGUCUAUAUCCCAAGUAAAAAUAGAUAAAACGCCAAACGCGAAUCGUUUGCAAAUGUAUUCAGCGAGUACAGUCACUCAUUCGGAAAUGACUUAUUGUCAUGAAGAACAAGAUACGGGUUCGGGUUGGUCGGUUACUUCGACUUCGGAGCAAUCAAUUUCUUCAGACAGUUCAAAAUCUCGAUGCCGAAAAGUGAGAAGUUCGCGUGAUUUAGCAUGGGCAAGACGUGUUGCUUCUAAGGCUUCUCAAGCCAAGUCAAAGUCAAAAACCGAAUUUGAUGGUAACUCUUUUGCAACACCGCCAUCCCCACACUAG